AUGAGACUUUUCAUCGGUACAAAAACACGAUCAAUUGUCAUAUCUUCCAAUAACUAUUGUUUAUCCUUCCAACGAUUGCGCAGCAUACCAGGGGCUAGUUCCCAACAGCGUCAACUAAGUAAGACACCCAGUAUAACAAUUAAAUCUUUUCCUGACACAGAUCUUUCAAAUGAUAACGAUUAUCUCGAAGUUAAAAGUUGCAUAUUCAAUGGAUUAUUAGGGCUCGUGUGUCUUAAUGGUGAUAUCUAUGUCGCCGUCAUAUCGGGGGUUCAGAAUGUUGGGUUUCCUCGAUGGCAACUGGUAGAUCAUCAAAUAAGACCUUCUGAGAGCAUUUAUAAGAUAUUAGAUGUUGACUUUUAUAGCUUAGAAAGUGACGUUUUUGACUACCUCCUGUGCGAACGAUCAGAGCAAAACUACGACAAAUUGAUCCAUGAACAUCCAUGUGGUCCCUUGAAAAAACUAUUUAGUGAUGGAACAUUCUAUUAUUCUAGAGAUUUCGACAUCUCUAACAUCGUGAAAAACCAUGGCUUAUCACAUAACUUAGAAUACACCGUAGAUAAUCAAGAUCUAUCGUUUAUUUGGAAUGCUAAUUUAGCAAGUGAGGUAAUUAACUGGAGAAGCAAAAUUUCAAAUGAGGAAAAGCAACUUUUUGCCAAUGCGGGAUUCCUAACAUUUGUCAUUCGCGGUUAUUGCAAGACAGCAUUAAUAGAAGAUGGUCCAAAUACUGCCUCUAUAACUAUCAUUUCUAGGAUUUCAACUGAGAGUAAACAGGAUACGCUGGAAUUGGAGGGUAUUAGUGAAGAUGGAAGGGUUUCACUCUUUGUUGAAACAGAGAUCGUAGUUACCACAGAAAAGUUCAUUUUUUCCUACACUCAAGUCAACGGAAGCAUUCCUCUUUUUUGGGAAUCUGUAGAAAGUCAACUAUUAUAUGGAAAAAAAAUUAAGGUAACAAAGGGUCCUAUUGAGGCUCAAGGAGCUUUUGACAGGCAUUUUGAUAACCUAACAUCAAAGUAUGGUGUUGUGAGUAUCGUCAAUAUCAUAAAACCUAAAAGUGAGUCCCAAGAAAAGCUAGCACUGACAUAUAAGGAUUGUGCUGAAUCGAAAGGAAUAAAAAUAACGAACAUAGAAUAUAGUUCUAGUGUCCUGACAAAAUCUCCUCAUAAAUUACUCUAUUUGUUGAAACAAGAUAUUUACGAGUUCGGUGCGUUUGCCUAUGACAUCUCUAGAGGGAUCUACUUUGCAAAACAAACGGGUGUAUUACGAAUAAGCGCCUUUGAUUCAAUUGAAAAACCAAACACGGUCCAGAGAUUAGUGAGUAAAGAAGUAAUUGAGUUGACUACGAACGAAAUUGAUGUAUUUGAAUUGACUUCGCCGUUCUUAGAUGCUCACGAUAAGCUAUGGUUAGAAAAUUACUACUGGCUGGAUAGAACGUACACUAAGCACACAAAGAAUUCUGGUAAGUAUACAAAGGUUUAUUCAAAGUUAUUUGGCUCCCGAGUUAGGUUAUACGACCCGUUACAUAUCUACAUCUCUCAACAUUUGAAGCAAUUGAGGUCAAAAUAUACGUUUGAGAAAGACAUCUCAAUAUUCGCAGGCACGUUCAAUAUAAGUGGGAAAAUCCCAAAAGAUGAUAUAACAGAUUGGAUUUUUCCGAAAUCAAUGUCUAAGGACGAUGAAAUGGCUGACCUUUAUAUCAUUGGAUUAGAAGAAGUGGUGGAGCUUACCCCAGGUCAUAUGCUUGCUACCGAUCCAUAUGUCCGGCAAUUUUGGGAAAAGAAAAUACUAACACUAUUAAAUGGACCCGGACGUAGAAAGAAAUAUGUCCGUUUAUGGAGUACGCAGUUGGGGGGUAUAUUACUUUUAUUAUUUAUGAAUGAGAUAGAAUAUUCGAAAGUAAAGCAUAUUGAAGGGGACGUUAAAAAAACGGGGUUUGGAGGAAUGGCCUCGAAUAAAGGAGCCGUCGCUGUUAGCUUCAAGUAUUCAGCUACAAGGUUUUGCGUCUUGGUAUCUCACUUAGCGGCAGGGUUAGAGAACGUCGAGCAAAGGCAUAAUGACUAUAAAACAAUUGUUAAAAGCAUUAGAUUCUCCAAAGGAUUACGAAUAAAGGAUCAUGAUGCAAUAAUUUGGAUGGGUGAUUUCAAUUACAGAAUAUUAAUGUCCAAUGAAGAUGUUAGACGAAAAAUAGUUUCUAAGGAAUAUGCCAACUUAUUUGAAAAAGAUCAGCUUAAUCAACAAAUGAUCGCCGGUGAGUCUUUUCCAUACUUCCAUGAAAUGGCAAUUGACUUCCCACCUACAUACAAAUUUGACCCAGGGACGAAAAACUAUGAUACAAGUGAAAAAAUGAGGAUACCAGCAUGGACUGACCGAAUUCUAAGUAGGGGAGAAGUUCUAAAACAGUUAGAGUAUAACUGUUGUGAAAACAUAGUGUUUUCUGAUCAUAGACCAGUAUAUGCCACAUUUAGAGCUAGAGUAACUGUAGUUGAUGAACAAAAAAAGACUACUCUGGGUACACAAAUCUAUGAGAGGAUUAUGGAAAAGCUAGAUGGAUUGAAUGAUGAUGAGAAAAUUGCGGUUUUGAGUGACGAUGCGUUUGUGAUCGAAAGUUUUGAGGACAAUGAUUCGGUAGCUGGGCUUACUCAUUCCCCGACGCCAAAUUCUGAACCGAAAAGAGGUAGAAAAUUACCACCACCUAGUUCGGAUAUGAAAAAAUGGUGGAUUGGGAGUGGAAAGCAAGUUAAAGUAGUUCUUGAUGUGGACCCAGCCGUUUACAUGAUUAAUCCUGAAAGAGAUCCUAAUCCUUUCGUGGAGAACGAAGAUGAACCACUUUUUGUAGAAAGGUAA